AUGUUUUCCAAAACGAAUGACACCUCGGGGAACAGCAGCAAAGACGACAUAGGCCUGCUUCCCGUAAACUCCAAGUCGGUGAUCAUCCAGACAGACAUCCAUGUCUCACAUGUCCAAGAACCCGAGCCUACCUUUACCUUUCCAGAGGAACAGCCAGGCAAUGCCAGGGAUGUACUAUGGAUCCCUCGUGCAUCUCACAGCUCCGACGAUACGGGGAGGAAGAUUCAACGGGGUUUGAAUGCCGAGAAGGAAAUGACCUUGAUCAACUGCUGCAAACAGUACCCAAAAGCCAUCGGGUGGUCAUUACUACUCUUCCUCACGGUGGUCAUGGAAGGCUAUGACAAGUCACUGAUUGCAGGCUUCAUAGCCUUUCCUUCUUUCCGACGUCGCUAUGGAGAACUAUCUGAGACACCAAAGGGUCCUCUUUACGAGAUCUCACCUCUUUGGCAGAUGGGUUUGCAGAAUGCUGCCGUCGGAUGCGAGAUCAUUGGCCUGUUUGUCCAUGGAUGGGUCACUUACAGGAUUGGUUACAAGAAGAUGAUGAUGAUCAGUCUUCUGUGGCUGCUCGUGGCCGUGUUUCCAGCAUUCUUUGCUCACAACAUUACCGUCUUGCUUAUCUCUCAGGCACUUUGUGGUAUCUCAUGGGGAGUUAUCCAAACCUUGGCAGCUACAUACGCCGCCGAGGUCGUCCCCUCCAUCAUCCGCGCCUGUCUUCUAAGUAACGUCAACAUGUGUUGGGUCAUCGGCCAACUCCUUGGCACUGGCAUCCUCCGUGCCUUGAUCCACAACAACUCCGAGUGGUCCUAUCGUAUCCCCUUUGCUCUUCAAUGGGCCUGGGCCAUCCCACUACUCGUCGGAAUUUGCUUUGCGCCUGAGAGUCCAUGGUGGUUGAUCCGACGUGAGAGAAAGGUUGAGGCGCGGCAUGCUCUCCAACGUCUGACCAAGCGUUCCAACCUCGACAUCGAUGAUACGAUCGCCGUGAUGGAGCACACUAACAAAGUUGAGCGUAAGCUCAACUACGGAGGCGCAAGUUACGCCGAUUUGUUCAAAGGUGCCAACCUUCGUCGAACUGAGAUCUGCUGCAUGGUGUGGUCAUGCCAAGCGCUAUGUGGAUGGACCUUGACAGGCUAUGCACCCUACUUCCUCGAGGCAGCUGGCUUUGACUCAUCAAAGUCUUUCAGUCUUGCCACUGGAAUGUAUGGCAUGGCUCUGGUUGGAGGUAUCAUCUCUUGGUUCCUUCUGUCUCACAUCGGCCGCCGCAAGCUAUACAUUACAGGUCUUGCAGUUUCAGCCAGUCUCCUUACUCUGGGCGGUAUCCUAGCCGUGGUUUUGGAGGGCCACAAGGCGUUGAACUGGUCUCUUGGCUCCAUCCUCAUCGCAACCACCUUCGCAUACAACCUCACCAUUGGCCCAACCUGCUACGUCAUUGUCGCCGAGCUCCCAUCUACCCGCCUGCGAGUCAAAACCAUCGCCCUCGCAAGAAUCAUCUACAACCUCUUCACCAUCAUCAACAACGUAAUAGCGCCACAAAUGCUGAACCCGACGGCUUGGGACGUGGAGGGAAAGUCAUGCUUUGUGUAUGCCGGGACAGCUUUUCUUUGUCUUGUUUACUGCUGGUUCCGGUUACCGGAAACAAAGGGUCUUUCUUAUCUUGAGUUGGACAUGCUGUUUGAGAAGGGCGCGUCGACGGCCAAGUUUAAGCAACUGCAGGUGAGACUGGCCAAUUCGGCCUAUCUCACCGUGGAUAGGGCGGAGAGGAUGAGGAAUGCUUGGCACGGCUGGCUUACAUACUCUUAG